AUGCAUUUUUCUAGUUUAUCGAAUGCUUUGAAUGAAGACAUCAGUUACAAAAUGAACAAAAACAACUCAGGUGACAAAGAGUCUGUGAGGAAAUCCUGUUCUGCGAGAAUAUUUGAUGAAGAAGUCAAUGUCACAAAUCGUUCUGAUGAGAAUUAUCAUGAGCCUUUAGAGGCCUCACAUGGGGCACGGAUUAUGGCUAAUGAGGUGGGCGUUUCUCAUCAUUACACUUCUUUUUUCUUUCCUUAAAAAGUAGGUUUAGUUAUUGUAAAAGUUACAAUUUGUUAUCCGAAGAAGCAAGUAAAAAGGAAGUUCAAGUGAUUUUAAAGGCGAACGCGCAAAACCAUCUGAUUCAAUAUAUAAGCUUUGAGAAUAGGUCGUAAUUAGUUCCGAUUUGACUUGCCUCCAAAAUUAGCUCAAUUUUAAGUCCGUCCGUCCAACAUUGGAGAAACAUUCAACGCAACUAGAAUUUUUCUGCAUUAAAGGCGUUCAGGUAACUGAGUUUGAAAUUUUUUUUUUCGUGGAGAGGUGAAAAAGCGCGAGCAAAUGAAAUUUUUAGAUUAUGACGCCACUCUUCGACAUUCCACCAUCUUCACGCUGGAUAGGAAGUUGAUGUUUUGUAUCCCAGCUUUUUUGCUCUCUUCUAGUUUCGUUAAUUAAAAAAUCAAUAUGUUGGCAAAUUUUUUUUUCAGUCUGCGAGAGAAAAGGAACAACUAACACAGAAGAUCAUCCACCUUGAAACUGAGAUUAACGGUUAGUUUUAUGCGGUCACGCAUGCAUGAAAAGAAAAGUGCGCGCGGACUAGGGAGCCAUUUUUCUAAGAGUUUCCGAUGCUCCACUGAUAAUAAGUCGUUUACCCCCUUCCCCCCAACCUACUGCUUCUCGUUCCGUCAUAAAUAGUUCCGUUUUUCGUGUCUUCCCGGUUUACCUUAUCAGUCAAACCUUGAAUUUAUUCAAUCUAAUAUUCUAAGUACUUAAAAUAUUCAUUUGUUUUUUAACAGCUAAAGAGAAGGAGAUCGCCUUUCUUAAACAAACUCUCUUUGGGACAGACAAAGACAUUGCUGAUCUCAAGGGAAAACUGUCCCAGCUAAAACAAAAUGGGCAAAUAACUCAAUCUGAUUUUGUUAAGCAAAUGGCAUCAAUAGACGAAAAGCUGCAAGAGGCGAGGUACAACAUUGCCGAGCUCGAGGGGGGCCUUAAUUUUACCUUCCAGAAGAAUAAAACAGAAGCAGAAGAGUCCCAGAGCAAACCACAAAUAUUUAAUGGUGAGUUUGUAAAUUGGGAUGGCGUCGCAUCAACUGAGUGGUGACAACGCGGUUGAUACGACUGCCUUGUUUUUGGAGAGGAAAGAGGUGUUUGCAUCAUCUUUCACUAAAAAUAAAUAUUUUGAUUUCAUUAACAGUUCUUCCAUGCACUUUUAUUUUUAUUUCUGCUUCUCUUUUUUUCUAAACUAGGCAAAGCUUACUUUGACCUUCAACAAUCAUGGUUUGACACUGCAUCCAACAACGGUGGAUGUUUCAAAGUUGAAAACUUUCCAGUUAGCGCAAAAGAUCUUGAAACCAUAAGGAAUGUUAAAUCCUCUUCAAGGGCCUUCACUGAGCAAGCUAAAGGUAUGAAGAAGGAAACUUGUAAAUUACCAUUCCUUUACAGUGUACACCUGCGCGAAAGCAGUGUAGUCUUACGAGUCACAAAACAGUUAGAUACUCAGAAUUGAUAACAUGUUAUUCCAUAUAUCAGCUUUGAUUUUUUAAUCAUCUUUCAUCUAGGCAAAGAUUAUUUUGACCUUCAACCGUCAUGGUUUGACACUUUAGCAAAAAACGUUGGAUGUCUUCAAGUUGAAAACGUUCCACUUAAAGCAAAAGAUCUUGAAGCCAUGAAGAAAGGUAUGUAGAUGGAAACUUUAAAAUACGAUUCUACAUAGGUGAUAGUCCACAUCUGUGCGAAGUACUGUCUUCUGAGCGUGAAGAACCUAUUAAGCCAAUUAGAAUUGUCAAUGUACCCUUCAGCUUUAGUACUUUUGCAAUGUACUCGCAUGACUCAAAUUCAGUGAGUAACUUCAUGAGGUGUUACAUCAUACAAAAAUAACACAGAUUCUUCUGGUAUUAUGGUGAACUUAUUUUCCAAGAAAGCUAAAGGGGUAAAAACGAACACAUAUCCCUGCUUCCAACUUCCCCAACUUCCACUCAGAUCAAUCAUUUUUCAGAGGAGGUAGCUUUAAUUGAAGAGUUAGUUUGUUCUUUUAUCGAGUGCUCAAGGUCACGGUUUUUGCGGCGGUUUAGAAAAAGUGUUUCGCUGAAAUUAAUUCACUUUUGGUUCGGUAAGCUAAAAUCUUAGGUAUCUUUAUGUGGAAACGAAAUUCUCUACAUUGCAAUCAUAAAACAAAACUUAAUUUAUCUUUUAUCUAGGCAAAGAUUAUUUUGACCUUCAACCGUCAUGGUUUGACACUCUAUCCCAAAACGCUGGAUGUCUUCAAGUUGAAAACGUUCCAGUUAAAGGAAAAGAUCUUGAAGCCAUGAAGAAUGCUAAAUCAAAUUCAAAGGCCUCCAUAGCUGAGCCAGCUAAAGGUAUGAAGAUGAAAAAUUGUAAAAUACCAUUCUAUAUAAGUGAUAGUCCACAUCUAUACGAAGUAGUGUAUUCUGAAAGUGACAAACCCGUCUGGUAUAAAGGUGAACUUUUUUUCCAAGAUAGCUAGAGGCGUUACAAAACGAACACACAUCCCUGCUUCCAACUUUGUUUAAGCUCAAACUGUGACGAUUUCUUCUGCAUUAAAGACUUGUGACUUAUCCAGUCAGAUCAACCCUUUUUCGGAGGAGGUAAUUUAAUUAAAAAGAGUUAGCUUGCUUCCUUGCUCAAGAUCACGGUUUAUGCGUCGGUUUAGAAAAGUGUCUCGCUCAAUUUAACUCACUUUGGUUUGGUAAGCUAAAACUCCCAGCUAUCUUUAUGCUUAAACGAAAUUCUGAGCAUUGCCAUCAUAACCAAAACAAAAAUUGAUUAAUCUUUUAUCUAGGCAAAGAUUAUUUUGACCUUCAACCAUCAUGGUUUGACACUCUAUUGGGAAACGCUGGAUGUCUUGAAGUUACAAACGUUCCAGUCAAAGCGAAUGAUCUUGAGGCCAUAAAGAAUGUCAGAUCAAAUUUAAAGGCCUCCACUGAGCCACCUAAAGGUAUGAAUAAGAAAACUUGUGAAAUACGAUUGCACAUAUUUAGUUUUAGUGACGAACCAGUUAGACAAUUAGAACUGUCAAUGUACUUCUCAGCUUUGGUACUUCCUCGCCCAAUCUUUUUUUAACUGUCUGGGGAGUCCAUAUUCUUACCAUCACCCAUUAGAUCCUGUUCUGGCAAGCACUGUUUCCAAUGGGAAAAAAAUA